AUGUUUCAAAGAAUGAAGCAUUUAGCAAACUUGUGUCUUCUUUUGUUUUUUUUAUGUGUUUGUAAUUAUCACAUCACGUAUUCUGGCGGCAAUAACCAAGAGAGAGAGGCAGACGCUCUUUUAAAGUGGAAAGAAAGCUUUGACAACCAUAGCAAGCUUUUGCUUUCUUCAUGGAUUGGUAACAAUCCUUGUGGUUGGGAGGGAAUCACAUGUGAUCAUGAGUCAAAAUCCAUCAACCAAGUAAAUCUCACCAAUAUUGGACUAAAAGUGCAAGGUGAUGAAAUUGAGGAAGAAGAGAGAAAAUGA